UCUAAACUCAAGCCAAUUAAAAGAACAUACAGAAAAUCUAGAGAGAGAAACAACCCAUCCGCCAAGGAUUUCGCAGAAAUCAGUGCCGCAAAUAACCGAUCGGGAAAUGGUAGGCGCGUGGAAAAUCCUACUCGCGAUCUGCUUCACCGCGUCCCUAUUACUCGCCCAAGCGUCGGCCGGUGGGGACCACCGCGACGCGGCGGCGGCGGCGGUGGGGUGGGUGAUGCCGUCGGCGAGAUCCGGCUGCAAGGGGACCGUCGCCGAGUGCCUCGGUAACGAAGACGAGGAAUUCGAGAUGGAUUCGGAGUCCAAUCGGCGCAUCUUAGCCACCCGCCGCUUCAUCAGCUACGGUGCGCUGGAGAGUGACAGCGUGCCCUGCUCGAGGCGCGGCGCGUCUUACUACAACUGCCGCCCCGGCGCCCAGGCUAAUCCGUACAACCGCGGCUGCAGCGCCAUCACUCAAUGA